GUGAUGGCUAUCUAGACUCUUUAUUGAGGAUAUUCAAAAUAUUGAUUCUGGUUUGUUGAAUAAGGCGCCAUCCGUGCAUCUGUGUAUUGUCAAGCGUCUUCUUUCGUUGCAUUCCUUCUACGUGUGUCACGCAUUCUGCGGGAAGCAACAACCUUAGCAGACAACCGAGAGCACAAUACACAAUCAGACCGUCAACGCCAACAACUACAUCUCCGGCUUAUUCGAGAUGGGGGGCAAGAUUGAUGGGUAUUUCGAUUGCACCUCGCCAUAUAGUUAUUUCGCCUUUGUCUACUUGAGAAAACAUCGAGAACUGUUAAGACAGUAUGGAGUUGAAUUCGAAAUCCACCCCGUCUUCCUCGGCGGCAUCAACGUCGGAUCCGGCAACAAACCGCCAUGGACGCUUCCCGCGAAAGCCACACUCGGCACGUACGAGCUCAAACGAGCCAUCAAAUACUUCCAAACCGAGCAACUCAGCCCUGCUCCAUUCUUCCCCAUCUUAUCCGUCGUGCCACAACGGGCCAUGAUCGCCGUCAAGGACCGCCACUCAAACGAAAAAUUCGAACAGGUGUUUCUCGAAACCUGGCGAUAUAGCUUCGUCACUCACGUCAACAUCGAAAAGCCCGAGGGUUUGGCUGAUUUGUUGUCCAAGUUUCUCGACGAGGCUGAGGUUAAGGAGAUUUUGCGUCUGGUUAAGACGCAGGAGUACAAGGAUAAAUUGACGGCGAAAACGAAUGAGGCUUUGAAACAGGGUGCUUUUGGAGCGCCGUGGUUUAAGGUGACGAAUUCCAAGGGGGAGGUGGAGCCGUUCUUUGGGAGUGAUCGGUUUCAUUUCAUGUGGGAAUUUCUGGGGGUUGAGCAUGAGGAUCUGAAGAUCGUGGAUAAGAGGGAGGGGAAGGCGAAGUUGUAGGAUGAUGCUAGGAACUUAGGUAGUCGGGCGAAAAAUGC